AUGAGCUCAAGACGACCACAAUUUCAUAGUAACAAAGGAAGUCAUCAUAUUCAGCACAACGGAUCAAGGAACCAAAGCAACAGAGACAAUAGGAAUCAACAGCAUAGAUAUCAGGCUCAACGAUCAGCAGCGUUAUUUGUACUUAACUUAUGCAAUAACAAUUUGGCUAUAAAAGAGCAACAGACCAACAGCAGAAACGAGCCACAGUCUGUUCAGUUAUUACGCCGUAUAAUUGAAGAUGAAGAUGACAACUUGUUCGCUAAACGAGUAGCGGAUGCCAACCAACUUUUAGAUAUUUUAGAAAAUGCUCGUACGGCGCAUUCUGAUACUUUGGAGUUCAGACAAGAGCAGAUGCGAUUACUAGAUCUCUGUAUACAUGAAGAAGGGCUUCAACGCAUUGUUGAAUUUCCAAAAGCACCACUAGGUUUGAAAUCGUCUCUCUUAGAGAUCGUAUCAGGUUUAGCCUGUUAUACUCGCCUUGAUCUUGCUUUAAGUUGGAUCUUUGAUAGAUUGUCUAUCUACCGAUCCUUAGAAUCGAAUAGCAAUACUACUGUUGCAAUUGACGCUACCUUAAAAGACAAAGAGGUAGAAUGGAAAAAAUGGCUUUUACGGUUAUUGAAGCAGAUAUUAAUAGACUCUUCGGCCGAUCGUUAUACCUACAAACAAUUAUUGGAAAUGUCACCUGUGAUCCUAAAUAGCAUUAUCGCAUUCUUGGAUACCAUGGAUUCAGUGAAAUACUUACCGUUAGUAAUUGAUCUUCUCACUCACUUUGCAAGCAAUCAUGAGGAUCUAUUUUCAGAGAAAUUCAAGGAUGUUAUUGAUCUUUUGGUUGGGUGGAAUAUGGAUGGGAAUAUACCAGAGUCGACAAAAACAACUAUAACCAACCUAUAUACCAGCUUCGAACCUUAUUGGAAAAAUCAUAUACCUUUCGCUGUUGAACUUUUAACAUACUUUUUGAAUGAUAUGCAAUCAACGCUGAAAGAGUUGAAAGAAAAUAGUACUUGCAUUGACUUGAAAGAAAAAGAGUGUAACAUAAAGUGGAAAGCUUGCAAUAACUUGCUAACGUUAGUACCAGAACAAACAUACUCCAUUUCUCGUGAACAAAAAUUUAAUAUGCCCUUCAGAUGUUUCAAGACAAUUCUAGAUGUCAUAUUGCCUCAGUUUGCUAAUUCCGGAAAGGCUUACAUUGACCCAAAAAUAAUCAACAUUGCUCUUGAAAAACUUCUUAGUGGCAUGUUGUCUGUUUUGUACGAAGCACAAGACUUGAAGCCCGAAUUUACCUGGCUUCAAACGUAUGAACAAGCUUACAUAGAAGCAUUGUUGAAGUUUUUGGAACUGUGGAAUCACGAUAUUGAUAAAAACAUAGCCUACCACCUUUUGAAUAUGGAGUAUUCACCCAUAUUACAGAUGAAGAAUCAUCAUACAUUUACCAAACGUCGAAAACAAAUAAUGCUUAUCAUAUUAAGGUUUUUGAUAAGAGUAUCUCUAACAGAAACAACACAACAACAAAUAGUCAUCCAAUAUUUGGAGGAGCUACAAAAACAUUUUAGAGCCUUAAAGUGUUCAGUGGCAAAGACAGAAAGCAAUUUGAAGGAUUCAACUUUUUUUCCCAAAACAAGCUCGUUUAUUGAAACGGCAGAUAUUCCUAAUAUACCGAAGGACAAAGAGCUCAACGUUGAAACCCCUCAUAGGUUUGGAAAACCGAUGAAAACGGUUCAUUCAACAGUUGAAAAUAUUAUGUUCCUGACCUAUAUACUCUUUGAUAUGGCUAUGACUUGGCCCAAAUUACGCCUGGAGAUCAGUAUGACUUUGGUGAAAUUGUUCUGUAUUGCUUAUAUCAAUAGGUGGAUUAAAGUGUACAUUCCUUAUUUCGAGUUACUGAAAGAAUUUUGGACAAGCAUGAAUUUUAUGGUAGAGGACGAAGCUGGUCUUAAGCUCAUCUUAAAUUUGUUGGAAGAUUUUUUACUGGACAAUUGGUUAAAACUGAACAUGUCCAUUCGACGCUCACUGUGCCAGAUUGUAUAUUCUUUGCUUAUAAGUCUUGGCAAAGAUGCACCGACUCAAAAGUCAGCACUUGUAAAUCUUAUUAAACCAAUCGUGGAUGGCCUUUUCAGAGCGGGAGAUAUCGAGAUUGACGUUGCUGUUAAGACACAGAUUUUGGCAAUCUUGAGCUUCUAUAAUCGAAACUUCGACUCUACUCAUGGUCAUGAGUUGGGAUUGAGGCUUAUCGAACGCAGCCUUGGCCAUCCUAAUCAACAAAUACGAACAGCAUGCAUUGACUUUCUGUGCUCUCUCAACCCAUUUAUACUCACCAGUAUGGAUAAAAUGGAUGACAACUUUGUCAAUUCUUUACAGAGAUUGAUAAUGGCUACUACACACACAGGCUCUUUCCGACCUGUGCAUUAUGAAAUAGUUGCCAGUCAUUUGGGAAUGGUUCAAUAUCUCGUUCUGUCCGAUCAAAAGCAACAACAGAAUAAGGUUACGUUGAUGAAUAAAGAAAGGGAGAAGGAUUCUGUACAAUGGAUCAGAAGACUCUUUCAUCAUUGCGAUACUGUACGGAAUAUGCAAAACCUCAAUUUGACGGAGUCUAUAACAGUAGCUGAUCAAUAUACUAUGGCAAAUGCCAUCAACAACAAUGAGCAAUUGCUCACUUAUUGGGCACUAUGGGAAUCAGCCAGGUAUUGUAUUCUGUCAAGAUUACGUACGCCAUUUGGUGGUCCACAGCAAACAUUUGGAGCCUUAGAACAUAUGCUUCAAGCGCUUAUAGAUGGACCUCAACGAGAUGAUGAAAAGAGGGUAGAAUACCUCAAACAGCUUUUACUGUUGUUAGAUCGACUCGAGGUUCAAAUUGCUAAUGCAGUAGAUGGAUGCGCUACUGGCGUACUACCUGCAGUACCAAAGUCAAGCUUGAUUUUCUUUAAAACAAACCAAAAAACUUGCAAAGACUAUUUUUCGCGUAUUCGACCGAAUAUGAUCAUGGGUGCAAAGAAAAUCGGCAAUAAUCAUUUAUUAAUCUAUCACAGUAUCAAGAUACUAACUGAUUUGGAGUGCAAAGCAUUCUCUUGCACGGAUUGCAUACCUGUCUUUGAAGAGAUCAACAGUUAUAUGCGAGAUUUAGUGAGGGUAUGCAUUGACGAACAUUAUACCGACUUUAUACAUGGAUUACAAUCGUGGUUUAAGAAAUUGAUCAAAACAGCCAGCCAAUCAGUUGAAGGGUUCAAAGAUAACUGGGCUUUUGAUGGGCUAAUUGGGCCACAUCGCAAAGUUAUAGCUCGCGAAAAUUCAAAAAUCAAUAUUGACUGGUUCCAAGUAGCUGCUUUAUUUGCAUCGGGAUAUGACGAAAUGGCAAUUAAAGCUUUGUCUACCUUAAAGCAGUUUCAUGGGGGAAAUGAUCAGUUCGGUCUAUUGAGAAUGCUCACCGAAAAAAUGAUAGACUUUUACGCUUCAUUGGAAGACUAUGAGUCCCUACAACAAUGUUUAACGGAAUUCAAAUCACAUAGUGCAACAGGGGAUGAUUGUCUCCUUGAAGCAAUCAAACAAUUUUCUGAUACAUCAAGUAACAGCAGCGAAGCAUACAUACAAGACCAACAGGCAUUAUUAACGAAACUUAACGUUUUCUUAAAAUCAUCUCCGACUUUAAAGGAUUUAACGCAAUUUUCAAAACUUGACAAACUCAAACAAUCUGUAUUUGAUGUGGACCCUUCCAUUAAGAAGAAUGUGAUCACUAUGUUGAGCGAAAAUAUCACCACAAUGUUUAAGGUUGAUAGCACAUUUACAGAUCUAUUAACAAGUAUACUAGAGCUGCAACUUUCAAAAACAGAUGGCAUUGUUGCUAAAUUGAAGAAGAAUGCUGUGAAUUGGAUGAGUACAGAUAUUAGUAGAAUUGAUCAUUUGCCUAAAGUUUAUGAUACAAAACAAUGGUCGAGAUUAUGUGCAGCCUUCAAGAAAAUAUGUGUUCAGCAACUACACCGAGAUAUAGCGGUGAUUGAUGAUCCGCAUGCUACUCACAGUUGGGGCUAUAUGCAGCUCUUUACUGCUACCAUCGCACGCAAACAAGGCAAUAUCAUGCUAGCUGAUCGUCUGAUAAAAGAAUCUAUUGAUGUGCCUGAUACAAAAUAUCAAUCAUUACUCGAACAGAGCAAAUUACUUUUCGCUCAAUCCAAGUAUAUCGAUGCUAUAAAAGGCGCCAACCUUGUAUUAAGCAAUAUCCGAAACAUUCUCGGCUAUAGCGACUUAGAGAAGAAGACAUUAAUGGAAAUUGCAUUUUACUUAAAAUGCUGCUUACAGCAACAGCCUGAUGUAAUCGAGCCUAUGCUACAGCAAUUGACAUCAUUGGCUUCUGUCGUAAAAAAUGACAGGAUGCCGUCAAAUGAGAUGGUAUCGGCAGUUGAUCUUACUAUUGAUUACGUUCUUGAACAAACAAUUAAUGAGGAACAGGAAGGAAAACCCUGGUUCGAGUAUGCUACACAUCAUUAUAAACAAGGCUGGCGAAUUAUGGAUGAUGUUUUAAGGAAGGAUGGCAAUACAACUACUGUAGUAGAGUGGGCUCGUAAGAAAUUGGAAAACAUAUUAAGAGAGAAAUCAGAAAAUCAGGAGCCCAAUUUAUCGGAGGUGAUCAAUUCCAUAUUUUCUAUUUGGAACAAGCAUUCCUCUCAUAGCGGGAGUGAAGAGAACUUGACACACCUUGAUAGCCUGACAGCUGAAAUAUGCAAAUUGCUUCCUAGUUAUGAUCAAACUGAAAUUGAAGACGUUAUGUCCACUCUAAAAACUGUACAGGAUAUGGUACUGAAUAAUUUCCAUGCUUCUACUGAUGCUUAUUUUCGCUAUUUAUCCUUGGCCACUUCAAAGAAAAAUGAUGCAUCAAACGAAACAACAUCUAUGUCCGUUACAGCUGCCCUUCGUUUAUUAAGAAUUCUAACCAAAUAUGGAGAGAGUUUGCGGCAAACUUUCGAAAAGCAUGUAGAAACAGCUCAGAUUAAAUUAUGGAAGCUAAUCAUCCCUCAGCUCUUCGCUCAAUUGAACCAUCAUAACAGCUUUGUACAAUCAACAGUGACCAAGAUAAUACUAAGGAUAUGUGAAGAGUAUCCCAGCGAUAUCAUCUAUGAUGUAAUUGUCAAUUCAGUAUCAGUUAAAACUAAAGAAAGUACAAAGCAAUAUUUAAGAACAAUUGCUAGCAGAAUGAUUGAGAAAAGUCAGAUGCUCUGGGCAUCGACAAGUCGGAUGGUGGAGGAGUUGGAGAAGAUCACAGUUUUACUGGAAGAAAAGUGGCUAAACAAAAUUGCCUCUAUGCAGUACGAAGUGAUAAAACAAUUCUCUAUACUAGAGUCAGAAAUGCACAAAACAGAAACAGAAGAUGCGGACAACAUAAUUACAAAUGAAGCUGGUGUUGCUGGCGAUAAAGAGGCCGCCUUUUGGAGCCUAUAUCACAAUCUGAUGAAUCCGAUCAUAACAUCAAUGAAAAAUUUCUUCACAGAAACCAAACUGAGAACGGAUUCAGGAGUUCUUACAAGUACGCCUCAUGAGGAGUGGUUUUGGAAUACUUAUGGUACUCCUUUGUCACGCGCACAGAAAUUGUUGGAAGAACCAGAUAAUAUAAAUGAUUACCGCCGUGGCUGGGAAUAUUAUCAACAGGUUUAUCGACAGCUUAUGGCUGAUACCAAUAAAGUUAGAGUUUUAGAACUGAAUCAAAUAUCACCCUAUUUAUCUGAGUUGAGGGACGCGCCAAUUGGUAUGCCUGGAAUAUCACAGAAUGCGGACGUUGAUGGCGCUUGCUUUAUUCGUUCAUUUGAUACUAGUGUAAUCGUCUUACCAACGAAGACAAAACCGAAGAAGCUAAAUUUGAACGGCUCAAAUGGUCAGAAGUAUACAUAUCUCUUCAAAGGUUUGGAAGAUUUACAUCUGGAUGAGCGCAUAAUGCAACUCUUGACAACAACGAAUGGGCUGUUGAAAGAAAAUCGCACAACAGCACUUCGUGGAAUGCGUUCAAGGACGUACGCUGUCAUACCUCUUAGUGAUCAUUCUGGAAUGAUCCAAUGGGUUAAUGAUGCCACACCUUUAUUUUCACUUUAUAAGAAAUGGCAAAAGAGGGAAAUGACAGCAUAUACCCUAAUGAACAAUGGUGUUGAUAAAAAUGACACAAUGAUUCGCGUACUCCAACAACGGCCAACUGACAAUUUCAUGGGCAAAGUCGCGUCGGUUCUCAAAGCUUCUGGCCUGAAAGUAACGGCCAAUAGGCGUCAUUGGCCGAUGGAAGUACUCAAAAAAGUGCAUAUAGAACUUGUGAAGGAGACACCAGACUAUCUUUUGGAAAGUGAAUUGUAUUACUCUAGCUCAAACGCUACGGAGUGGUUUAAAAAAUCAACAUCGUUUGCGCGAUCUUUGGCCGUUACCUCUAUUAUUGGCUAUGUUAUCGGACUUGGUGAUCGUCACUUGGACAAUAUAUUGGUUGAUUUUCAAUCUGGUGAGAUCAUUCAUAUUGACUAUAACGUUUGCUUCGAGAAAGGAUUAUUGCUGCGUGUUCCUGAAUUGGUGCCUUACCGCUUGACGCAAAACUUAUACAAGGUUCUAGGAAUUGUGGGAACAGAAGGGCAAUUCAAGACAGCGGCUGAAGAAACUUUACGCGUGUUGCGAAAGCACAAAGAAGUAUUGAUUACACUGCUGGAUGCGUUUGUGUAUGAUCCACUAGUAGACUGGGAAAAUGAAGUUGUUGGUGAAGCAGGAAAUCAACGUAUGGCAGAUUUGCAAAUACAUGUAACUGCACUUGCAACGCGUAUUAUAGAGAAACAGGCGGAGCAUGAAGAGUUGAGGAUGGCUAUAAACGAGGCUAUUCAAAAAUUAGAAAUCAAAUUAUACCAAUGGCAAGAAUCAAAGCUAUUGGAAGCUGAAUCCUUAGUUGUUGAUGCCGAUGUCGAGGAAGUCGACACUACAGAUGAUGACAAAGACGAUAAAAACAGAUAUGAUGAGGUCAACGAAGCGGAUAUUUACCAGGGAAGAUUACCAGUCAAUUUGUUGCGUGAAGCUAGAAGCCAACUAUACGACACUUAUUAUUUGGUGAAAGUGUCAAAAUCUUCUACCAAGGGUACUGUUCCACUCUUAGGAUCUGUUACCAUCAUUGAAACCGAAGGAGAUAACGAGUUACGGCCUGCACAAGAUUAUGCUAAGCAAGCGCUCGAAGCACUUGAAGCCAUUGAGAAUAAAUUAAGAGAUUUGGACAAGCAAUCAAAUAACAGUUCGGACCAUGAGUCUAAUUGGACCUACACACAAUUGAUGGGUACCCUCCUUGCCAUUAAAACUUCGGUCCAAGCCUACUUUGUUGCAAUAAAAGCAAUUGAAGAGUUUGCCCCGGAUAAUACUCGCAAUAAUGUUUCAGCUCAAUUAGAAGCUAGUGUCUCUUCUGCUUCCAAGCCUGAACGUUCUUCCCCGUCUGUGGGUCACGCAACUUUAGAUAAAGCAAAAUCAUCUUCGAGCAAGCAUGCCUUGAAAAUAAUGAGAAGAAUACGAUCCAAGCUAGAGGGUAUCGAUUUCGGUGUAAACUAUCGGAUGGGGGUUUCUGAACAAGUUGCAAGAACAAUAGAGCAGGCAACCUCUAUUGAUAAUUUGAGUCUAAUGUAUGAAGGAUGGACAAGCUGGGUAUAA